CUCGACAACAGGAGCAGAACAGGGCUCUAAAAAUGGGCCUUUCCGACGAUGGGGAUGAAAAUAUUGAACAAAGAUUUGAAGAAUUAUGCCUUGACUUGAACAUGGACAAGUCUGCCAAGGAUGAGGCUUGGCAGGCGUUCGAGAGAAUCAGUACGAACUACACUUUGGAGGGCGACGGUAUUCACUGGCUGGCAUGCGCUCUUUAUGUGGCUUGCAGAAAAACGGUCAAUCCCACUGUGAGUGGAGCAGGGGUGAUAGAAGGCAACUGUGUUUCCCUUACACGAUUGCUGAGGUCAGCCAAACUGAGUUUGAUCCAGUUCUUCAGUAAAAUGAAGAAGUGGUCCGACAUGGCCAACCUGCCCCAAACCUUCCGAGAUAAGGUGGACCGCCUUGAAAGGAACUUUGCAGUAUCAACAGUCAUCUUCAAGAAGUUUGAACCAAUUUUCAUUGACAUGUUCAAAGAUCCAGCAGAUGACCCCCCAAAACAGGCCAGAAGUAGAAAACAAAGGAGACUGCCGUGUGUCGUAUCAGAUGUUUUCACAUUCUGUUGGACUAUGUUUGUCCAAGUAAAAGGUAACUUUCCGGCGAUCAGCGACGAUUUGGUCAAUUCCUAUCAUCUGCUUCUCUGCUGCAUCGACUGGUUCUAUUCCAACGCCAUCUUAACCAAUCGCAAGGAUAUCAUCAAUCGAUCGUACCCAGGUAUCCCGGAAGGCUUCUUCAACAAGGAGAACAAACCAAUCUUGGAACCUCCGUGUAACAUCGACCUGAUGUGUGACCGCCAUGAGGGACUCGUUCUUGAGGCGAAACAAAUCAAAGAGCACUGGUGGAAGCCGUACGUCAAGAAAUUAUUUGAACGAAAGAUACUAAAGGGAAAGGCAGAAACCCUGAGUGGUGUACUGGAAGUUGGGAACUUUGAGGCCAGCAGCAAAGCCAUCAAUAGUGAGUAUGAGGAAUACGUCCUGAGCGUGGGGGACUUCGAUGAGAGGAUAUUCCUGGGCGAAGAUGCCAGCACAGAGAUUGGUACUCCAGCUAAAUCUCCCAGUACUGCCCUCGAGGGGCAGAACACAGAACAAAACAUGCAGCAGUAUCUGGACCAGACCAAGACCCUAGCACCAUCCACACCACUCACAGGAAGGCGCUACCUCAAGGAAAAAGAUCUGAGCAUCACACCCGUAUCCACGGCGACGCAGAGUGUCAGUCGAUUGCAGACUCUCUUGUCGGGUCGCAAAACAUCUCCCAGUGACACCUUGAUCGAAAUAUUUGAAAAUGCAUGUGCUGUCAAUCCGAUGGAGGGGAUUGUCGAGAGAGUCAAGGAAAUGGGAGAAAUGUUCUGCAAUGCAUUUGAACAGCCUUCUGAGGGUCACCCCGGUUCACACAUCGACUUUGCUAAGAAACGUCUGCAGCUUGGAGAGAGUCUCUACUAUAAGAUCCUCGAGAAUAUCAUGGUGAAGGAGAAGGAAAGAGCCAAGGACAAAGACAAGUUAGAUUUCUCGAGUCUAUUGGAUAAAGACGUGUUCCACAAGUCACUGUUUGCUUGUUGUCUUGAGAUUGUCAUUUUCUCGUACAACUCCCAGAGGUCGUUCCCGUGGAUUGUUGAAAUCUUCGAACUGAAUUCGUUUCACUUCUAUAAAGUGAUCGAACUAAUAAUUCGGGCGGAAGAUGGUCUCUCAAGGGAUGUUGUCAAACACCUAAACCAUAUCGAGGAAACUAUUCUUGAAGGCCUUGCUUGGCGGUAUGAAUCUCCUCUCUGGGACACCAUACAGUCACAAGGUGGCACUGUCCCAACGUGCGAAGAUGUCACACCAAAUAAUCAAAUCGACAAAGAUGCCGGUCAGGCUGCUGGUCAGCAGACGAUCAUGGCAUCACCACUACACCCUGCUUUGAGGCGGGUCGCUGGCGAGGGAAGGGCCACGCUGGUCAGAAAAGAUCUCACCCUCUCACCUACUGCCGCUGACCGGUUCAGCUCGCCAACCCCAGGCACGAUCAAGCGGCGUCUGUUCGGCCCGGCCACCACGACCACAGCUGGCUUGGAGACGCAGGUGUCAUCUGGUGCCUCCACAACCAUCAUAACGAGCCCGCGCGUCGGGUCGCAGAAUGUAUUGACAUUCCAACAGACAACAUCCAAGGAUGGCAAAUCAAUUCUAAUUCCAGUACAGUUGUUGCCUCAGUCGCCUAGUGGUGGCAUUAGAGUAACACCAGUCUCAUCACCUCAGCCUCAGCAGCUUGCCAGGCAACAAAGCCAAGCAUCCACAGUUAGUAAUAAACCAAAGAAAACAGGCUCGCUGGCUCUGUUCUUCCGAAAGGUGUAUCAUCUGGCUAGCGUGCGAUUACGUGAUCUCUGUGAACAUCUCGAUAUCAACAGCGAACUGCGCAGCAAAAUUUGGACAUGUUUCGAACACUGCCUCGUCCAUGACAUCGAUAUGAUGAUGGAUCGUAAUAUUGACCAGCUGAUUAUGUGUGCCAUAUAUGUUAUGUCGAAGGUCACCGGGAAUGACAAGCCGUUCCAGGAAAUCAUGAAGUGCUAUAGGCUGCAGCCUCAGGCUCAAAGCCAUGUAUAUCGAAGUGUGCUGUUAACAAGUCGAAAGAGGCGAACCUCUGGUAGCACCAGUGGUUCGGCGUCGCCCGUCAGUGAGGACAAGGAAGAGAAAGAGAAGAAGCGAGCUGAUCGAUUAAGUACGAUUCGGUCAACCAGCACACUGCCACUCCCACACUCGGGAAGUCAGCCUCCCACGCCUACGAAACUGAGCGGCACGGGCAUGAGUUUUGAGUACGAGGAUAGGGGUGAUCUCAUCAAGUUUUACAACACAGUAUUUGUAAAGAAGAUCAAAGGCUUUGCUCUGAAGUUCUCGGUUCAGAAUCAAGAUAAAGGGGAAUGCCCUAUGUUGUCUCCCCUGCCGAUGGUGCGGUCUCUGACCACGUCGCCAAGGAAGGUGUCGAGUAACCACAGCAUAUAUAUCUCGCCAAUCAAAAACAUCCACACACCCCUCACACCGACCAGUAAGAUGCUUUACUGUUUUAAUCGGAGCCCAGCUAAGGAUUUGCGUGCAAUAAACAACAUGAUCAAACUCGGUGAAAGGAAAUCAACGGCUAAGCGUCUGCUCCGUGGCGAUGACGAAUCGGAGAUGUCGGCAGCUAAACGUCUGCGGCCCGGUGAAAGUCCCGUGAUACAGUGUAAAUUAGUCACGCUUCAGAAUGAACGACAUGGCAGCAAUGGACUCAACUGAGCUGUGAUUAGGAGCUUUUGUGUGCGCUGAUUAUUUUUAAGAAAUGAUUGUGACAAAGCAUGCAUUUCAAUGCUGUAAAAUCUUUCAAAAAGCAAGUCGACAGAUUUUCAAAGAGAUAAUCAGUGCACAGCAUUAUCUUAACUUUACAUAAUCCACUUUGGGAGUUGUAUUAUAUACCCAAUCCAUUAUAACAUAGGUGAUUUCAAGAUACGGUUUAUAUUAGGAUCGGGGAGAACUGUGAUUCUUUAGUGUCUGUUCUUGAGUUCACCUGUUUUUUCUGUGAAGUUGAAUCUCAUCGUGGAAGCAUGGUAAGAUUUGUGACCACAUUGCGCCAGUUUAAAAAAUUUUCCAUGCGUUUGUAUUUUGAUAUUACUGUAGGAUGUGGUUGUGAUGGGCUGGUUCCACUACUAUCUUUGAGACAAAAAUUAGUUCCAGUGUUUGCUUGUUAAGUGUUUCACUUCAGAGCUGGUUUACAACUUAAAUUGGAAUUAUUUGGGUAUUUACAAUCUGUGUUUUUUGGCUUACAAUGCUUAGAGAUAGAAAAAACAGAGACCCUUAACGAAUGAAAUUCUAAAACCAGGCCAGUGUUUGUUUGCGAAUCUAUUUGCUGUCAUACUUGGCAUCUACAUGUAAAGCAAACACUGCUCCUAUCCGUAGUCUGUUUCAGAUUUGGUACCAAUUAUACGAAACGUCUGAAUAGACUGGAGUCGUUGCAUUUGUUUAUUUAAACCCACUCAGUUUUGGAACUUGCCCAGGCAUUGUAAGUGAUCUCAUAGGUUGAAAUAGUUAUGCUUGUUACAAAAAUUGAAGAGAUGACCUCCACUGUCUAGCAUCUUUUUAGGAGGUCACUCAGGUCCUGCAUUGUUGGAAAAAUUUUCCAAAAAUUAACAAAUUUGGUGCCUCUUAUGAACCUUGAUUUGUUUGUGGAGCUGAACGUUGUCAAUGUUUCUAACUUUCAACUGGCGGUGGGCGGAAUAUCUCGUUCGCUGUCGAAAUUUAAGGUUGGCAUUUGACAGUGCGUCCACAAAAAUACAACUCUCGCAAACAUUUCAUAGUUUUCACUUUUUGAUCAAUUUCACCCCAAAUGUAAUUUCUGCAUGUUCUUAAGUGAUUCUGUGGUGUUUUCUUCUUGUGAGUUUUGUAAUAGGAUUUUAAAUAAGAGAUUAGUUCUAAAGAUUUUACUUACAAUACAUGAUGUAAAUGGAAGGUUGUAAAUAGACAGAGUAGAAUAUACUUUUUAUUACAGAAAUAUUUCACAUUCAGAUGAUCAGUAAAAUAUACGAGCACUUGAAAUUUCAUUAAAUUUUGAAUAAAUUUUCGUUGAGCUCAGAUAGACUUUUGAAAUUGGAAGUCUGGGAGUUGGCGUAUUCAGGUUACAAAAAGAUGCAUUAGUUUUAGUUUUGAAGAAAUUCUGUCCCAUUGUGUCAGUUUUAAAGAGCAGAAUAAUUUGAAAGCUCCUGGGUGCUUUUUUUAGGGCGGGCAACAGAAAUGUGCGUUCCAGAUAUAUGUGUUCUCAGAUAUUCAUCUUUUAGGAUGUAGACAACAUUCAUUGGCCACUCCAAUGUCGGAGAGUUUCUUCAAAUAGCAACAAUAAUUACAAUUCUAGUAGUCUACACAAAAUUGCAUUUUUGAAAUUUGAUAUGGGUAGGCUGCCUGCGAUAGACAUAAUAUGAAUUUGUUCUCGUAUCCUGAAUAUAAGUAUAACUCUGGAUUGUUUUUACAUAGCAGUAUAUAUAGGAGAUUAUGUAUAACACAAUUCUACUUGGGUAUAAACAGCUUUAGUUUAGUUUUCGGAAUAUUACUAUUAUACGGCUGUAUGUGCCCAGUUUACUUGAUUCUGUGUAUUUAGUGGUCUGAAUUUGUCUGCCAAUAAAAAAAGGCGCUGCAGAAAUGAAAAAACAUUCUCAACAGUAAGUGUUGAUGGUAAUUUCUUGCAUUUAGAUUCCAGUAGCCAUGAUGAUACAUGCCUUUUAUGAAGAAAUGGGUGGGGUGGGUUGUGGCGACAAAUGGCAGCAAAUUUGACGUUGAUGAUUACUUAUAACCGGGUUGGAAAUGUAGACAGACUCUGUUUUUAUUUGGUACUUUUAGUUGGUAAUGGUCAGGUUGUUGUCAGGUUGUUAGGUUGAUACCUGGUAUGAUUUCAAGCAGAGCAUUUUCAUUCGAGUUCGCCAGAAACUGUUGCAGGCUCGCAUGCCAAAAUCGGUAAAAAAUUGGUAUAAAAUCCUAAAAAACACUGUGAGACGGGUUCAGCACUUGCGUUCAGCACUUGCAAGUUAACAAUCAAGGGUGAGAUAGAUCUCUGUCAUUUCUGCAAUGUGCAACAGACAUGACAUCAAAUUUGUUUGACAUAAUUUUUGCCGUCGUGACAUACUUCCUGAGUUAUUUUUACCCGAGUCUGGACCACUGUUGUGAUCACCAAUAUGGCCUCUCCAUUCAGCCUGUGACUGCAUCAGUUUCUAGCCAGCUUACAGUGAAAUGAAAUAGUGACCAUGUUUCUUAUGUAUAAAUUGUACAUUGGAUUUUUAGCGUAAUGCUGUUUUGUUGUUUAUAAGUAAAUCAGAUGAUGUCAAGUAGUCCUUGUACACCUGGUGCCCAUUCUUACAACAAGUUCAUGGACCUAACAUCAGGCUUUGAAGCCGAGAGGCAAAGCGAGACAUGGUCAGUGUUUGGCAAAUCUCGGUCAACUUUCUGUGCCACCUCCUCAAAGACUAUGCCUGUUUUAUUUUAACUUGUCUCGUCGGGACGUUGUUAAAGUUCCUAUUUGUGAGUUGUGUUUUAUCAAGAAGAUCAGCCAAAAGACAUUCUACACCAAUUAAUUUGGCAAUGAAAUGGUCCUGCUGUGGCACAGUAGAGCGAACUUGUUCAUAUUUAUUUGAUUUGUAAAAACUGUGGCAUCUGGUGUGUUAGGAUUAUCUUAAUUUUGUGAUUUUGAUGCCUCUUUGCAUUUCUCCUGAUUGGUUUAGUGUUAAACCCUUUUAUGUCAAUUGUUUUAUCUUGCAGUGUGUGGCAUUAUGGUCAUGUGUGAGAAAAUCGGGUCUCAAAUCACUGUUCAGUUUUCUCUCUUGGCUGUACUAUCUCAUGAAAAUCUCCUGCCCAAUGGGUCUUCUCACUUUUCAUAUAAAGAGAAGCAAGUUCUUAUACAGCAGUUUAUAAUGUACAACAUUCGCAAAUUGCUUUACAUUUGUUCCCCUGCCUAAACAAAAAAAAACUUUCUUGAAGAAGCCACGGAGCACACAUACUGUGCUGUGUUUGGCCAAUUAUGGCCAGGUUGAGAGUAUAGAGUGGCAGGGCCUAGAAUCCACGACCUUCUGGAGUGACCCUGGUUGGGCCUCGAAUCCACGACCUUCUGAUCGCAAGUUUGCUCACAUACUUUUCGUCUCCAUCUGUUGGCACCAAUUUUGGUUGUUCUGUAUUCGAUGGUUCCGCAAAAGAAAACUAUUCAUACCAGGGGUUCUAAAGGUUGGUUGGUGAACUUGUUUGGUAAACUUUGUAUAAAGAUGUUACUAAGUACAUGUGUACUCUGUAUUUGUCCUUGGAAAUGACUUUGUACAAAGAAUAGUUGGAUUCUUGUUAUAUUUUUUCGUGUAAUCAUGGUAAUGGUUAUGCUGUAACCAAACUUGAAGGUGACUUUCUGAGGUCACUGCCCCACUGUCUUAUCCUCUGUACUGUUGAAGAUAUCAAUAAAGAUCACAA